AUGUCUGAAGAAACUACGCCUGUUGCUCCAAUCGCCGAGACGAUCGAGACAACUGAGAAGACACCAGUUACUGAAGUUGAUGCUGCUGCUGCUGCUCCUGCUGAUGCUGCUGCCCCCGUUGAGGCUGCUGCUCCAAAGGAACAUGAAAAUAUUACUGCUGGUCCUCAAAUUGAUGCCAACGGAAUGGAAACUAACUACGAUAAGAUCGUCUACACCUUCGAUGAGUUGAACUUGAAGCCUGAGAUCUUAAGAGGUAUCUAUGCUUAUGGUUAUGAACAUCCUUCUGCCAUUCAGCAGAGGGCCAUUGCACCUAUUAUUGAGGGCCGUGAUGUUCUUGCUCAGGCUCAAUCUGGUACCGGUAAAACGGCAACCUUCGCCAUUGCUGCCUUGCAGAAUAUUGAUGAAAAGUUGAAGGAGACUCAGGCUUUAAUCAUAGCUCCAACCCGUGAGUUGGCCAUGCAGAUUCAAAAAGUCGUCUUGGCUAUUGGUAUGCAUUUGGACAUUACCGUCCACGCUUCCAUCGGUGGUAAAGCCGUGUCAGACGAUAUCGAGGCACUCAAAAAAGGUGCCCAAAUCGUCGUCGGUACUCCAGGUAGAGUCUAUGAUAUGAUUGAGAGAGGAUUCUUCAGAACAGAGAAUGUUAAGAUGUUCAUUAUGGAUGAGGCUGAUGAAAUGUUGUCGUCAGGAUUCAAAGAACAGAUCUUUAAUGUGUUCAGAUUCCUUCCUCAAGAGACACAGGUUGUUCUAUUGUCUGCAACUAUGCCCCAGGAUGUCUUGGAAGUUACUUCCAAGUUCAUGAGAAACCCAAUCAGAAUUUUGGUCAAGAAGGAUGAGUUGACCUUGGAAGGUAUCAAGCAAUUCUAUGUGGACGUGGACGAAGAGGAGUUCAAGUUUGACUGUUUGUGCGAUUUGUACGCCUCCAUCUCAGUUACACAGGCCGUCAUCUUCUGUAACACCAGAAGAAAGGUUGAGGCUCUUACGGAAAAGUUGAUUGAAAACAAGUUCACCGUCUCUGCUAUUCAUGCUGAUCUUUCCCAACAGGAAAGAGACACUAUUAUGACUGAGUUCAGAACGGGUUCUUCUAGAAUCUUGAUCUCUACCGAUCUUUUGGCUAGAGGUAUCGAUGUCCAACAGGUGUCCUUGGUUAUUAACUACGAUUUACCAACCAACAAGGAAAACUAUAUCCACAGAAUUGGUAGAGGUGGUAGAUUUGGUCGUAAGGGUGUUGCCAUCAACUUGUUGGCCAAGAAUGACAUUCCUGCUAUGAGAGAGAUCGAGAAGUUCUACUCUACCCAGAUUAUCGAGUUACCUGCCAACAUCAGCGAGUUAUUCGAUUAA